AUGGAGAUGAGGACUGACAAAGAGUCUGUGCCCAGUGACAGAGCCCCUCCUCCCGCCCUCCUGCUGGAGGAGGAGGGACCCGGGCACAGGACCGAUCUCUGCCCCGUCGGAGGCUCCGAGGCUCGACCUGCAGCACGUGGACACCUGGCGGGAGUCGGGAUGGACGUCCGGUGGAAGAUGGUGGCCGUGGGAGACAGUCAGUGCGGGAAGAGCGCCCUGCUCAACGUGUUCGCCAAAGACCGCUUCCCUGAGAGCUACGUGCCAACAGUGUUUGAAAACUACACGGCCACCUUCGACCUGGACGUGCAGAGAGCGGAGCUGCGACUGUGGGACACUUCAGGUUCCUCCUUCUAUGACAACGUGCGUCCUCUCUCCUACCCGGACGCUGACGCAGUCCUCAUCUGCUUUGACAUCAGCAGACCAGAGACAUUAGACAACGUGCUUAAGAAGUGGAGAGGAGAGGUUGAGAAGUUCUGUCCCAACUCCAAGAUGCUGCUGGUGGGCUGUAAGUCCGACCUCCGAACAGACCUGUUCACAAGGUCCCAGAGCAGACACACUGCAGUAUCAUAUGACCAGGGCUCAAUCACAGCCAAGCAGCUCAACACCCCCUACCUGGAGUGUUCCUCGUUACAGUCUGAGAGCAGCGUCAAGGAUAUCUUUCAUGUGGCCACGCUGGCCUGUGUCAACAAGAAUAACAAGAGCACAAAGAGGAGGAAGUCCUCCAGAGCCACUAAGAGCAUGUCUCACAGUGGACGAGACAUGUCCCCUGUCGUAUCAACCCACUACCAUCAGACCAAAGCUAAGACCUGUGUUGUCAUGUAAACACAAAUACACACUGCCGGAAGAGCUGUCAGAGGUAAUUUAGGAUUAAGUGUCUUGCCCAAGGACACAUGAUGGUCUUUACCCUGGAGCCACAGCCGCUCCAGGGUUGCCAAGCAGACUUCUCAAACUGAGACAUUCAAUCGUAAAUGGAUGGUAUAUGGACUGCAUUUAUAUUGCGAUUUUCUAGUCUUAUCAAUGACGUAAAGAGUUUUACAGUACAAGUACAGUACAAGUCACCUUCACCACUAUCCCUCCAAUUAAUGGACGACCCACUCUCCCUCCAGAACCACAGCCGGCUGCAGUUAUCACCUGCAACCACAGAGAACUGCUGAGGAGCCAACACUAGAUGUUGUUCCACCAGAACAUCUUCAGUGCUCCUCGUCACAGUGAACAGCGUGUUCAGUUGGUCUGGGAUCUGGUGGCAGUGAAGGCCACGGCGCAUAAAUGACAUUGUGACAUUGAGUCCUGUAGUUGAGGACAGCUUUAAAUCUUUUCCCCUUGCCACUUUGAUCCAAAAUCCAGACCAACUGGGCCUCCUCAACAUUUGUAUACAUUACACAUAGUAUAGUAGGAGGUACCAGCAGUUCAUCUGAAGUUAACCUGUAUUGAAGCAUCUACACUCUCCAUGCUCCUCCAACUAUUUAUCUUGUAUAUACACCUAUCUGACAACACGUAUUAUCUUUAAUAAUUAAUUAAUAAGUGCUGUCAUUAUCACAAAUCAAAAAAUGUAAUCUAACCUCAGCAUGCUCAGUAAACAGAGUCAGAUCUAGAUCCAGAUGAUCACACAUAAACAGCAGUUAGAGGUCGGGUGUUGUGAACUCUAGUUAGAUUUUGUAUGUUGUUAGGAUCAGUGGUUAGCACUGUUGCCUCAAGGAUGACAGUUCCUGAUUGGGAUCCAAGUAUGAACCAACCAACCAGGGUCUUUCGGUGUGGAGUUUGCAUGUUGCUCUCAUGUCUGAGUGGGUUCUCUCCGGGUUCUCCGGCUUCCUCCCACAGUCCAAAGACAUGCAGAUCGGGGUUAGGUUCAUUGGAGACUCUAAACUGAACCUAGGUGAGAAUGUGAAUGGUUGUAAAUGGUCCAUAAUUAUAUAGAUCUUUUCUAGUGUUAUUGAUCACACUUUACAGGAGAAGUCACAUUCACCCAUUCACACACAUUACAGUAAGUUAGGGUUAGGGUUACAGUAAGUGUCUUGCCCAAGGACACAUCGGCAUGCGGACUAGGGGAAGCUGGGAUCGAACUGCUGACCUUCAGGUUUGUGGACGAUCGACUCUACCUCCUGAUACCUAAUGUAGCGCUUUGAGUUUCAUGAAAAGCGCUGUACAAAUCCAAUGUAUUAUUAUUAUGUUGUAUGUUGGUAGAGUGUACCUCGGCUCUUGCCCAAUGUCAGCUGGUAUUUGCUCCAAUCCAUUUGGUUGGGAGCCACAUGUUCCAGCUGACAUAGCUUUUAUUUUAGCACUUUGAGAUUGCUUUCAGCAAUGAAAAGUGCUUCAUAAAUGAUAAAUAAUAUUUAUUAUUAUUAUAUCCUAUGAUGAUUUAUAUGAGGUAUAAGAGGCAGGAAGAUGAGGUAGAAGGAUAAGGGCAAAGUCUUGCAUGCAGUGUAAUCUUCCUGGAGAAUUUUAUUUACCAUCAAUUAUUUACCAUUUUUGUUCAAAAAUGUUUUGUUAUGCUGAGAUGAAUAUAGUUUAUGACAAUGUGUCUGCUUUAUGAUUUUGCCCAGAGGGAAAUAUCCUGACAACAACUUGACUGAUAAUCGACAAUCAACAUUCUAAAGUACAACAGGAACACGCAAAACCAACACUGUGGUUAAACGUAAUGAUUCCAUGACAUUUCCUGCAAAACCGCAGUGCCCUCAAAUCUGACAUCUUUGUCACACCACUGCUAGUUCAGCAUUUUCAGCUUUCAGUGAAAUCUUGUAUUUCAGAUGUAGGAAAUGAGAUCAGUAACCAUUGUUGUAAUUUAGCCUAGCGUUUUCAAAGAAAAGAGGUGCAUUGUACAUACCCUAUUCAGGCAAUGCUAACUUCUGUCACUUAUAUCAUAUGUAUACGAAUGAUUGGUUAAUAUAAAUAAGCCAAAGAUGGUCUGUUAUGUUACUGGUUGUAAAAUAAACAUUGCUAAACUA